CGGCUCUGGUUCGCGCACCUGCUCUGGGCGACGGAGGCCGCGGGCCCGACGGUGACGAAGCUCGCCCAGUGGUCCGCGACGCGGCGCGACGUCUUCCCCGCCGCCUUCUGCGACCACAUGGAGCGGCUCCAGGACGCCGCGCGACCGCACGGCCGCCUCGACAGCGAGCUCGCGCUGCUCGACGCGCUCGGCGCGGGCUGGCGAAAUCGCGUCGCCAUCGAGCCGGAGCCCGUCGGGAGCGGCGUCGUCGCCCAGGUCCACCGGGGCGUCUACGAGGGGCGGCGCGUCGCCGUGAAGCUCGUGCACCCGGCGACGCGGCGCGCCGUGUCCGAGGAUCUGGCGGUGCUCGCGUUUCUCGCGCGCGCCGCGGACGGCCUCGCGCCGUCCAUCGCCAAGUUCCUCGACCCCGUGGGCCUCGUCGACGACUUCUCGGAGAAGAUGGGGCGGAGCUCGAGCAUGGAGUUCGAGGCGGACGCGCUGCGGAAGCUCCGGAAAAACUUUUCGCGCGAGGCGGGCGUCGCGAUCCCCGAGCCGCGCCUCGCGGUGUUCCUCGCGCGGCGCGGCGCGCUGGUCGAGUCCUUCGAGGACGGCCUGCCGCUGGCGGAAUGUCUGCGGGCGCUCGAGGGCGCGCCGGAGGCCAAGGCGGCGAAGCGGGCCAUCGCGGCGCGGGGCCUCCGCGCGCUGCUGAAGAUGCUCUUCGUCGACAACUGCGUCCACUGCGACAUGCACAGCGGGAACCUGCUCGUGCGGCCCCACGGCGCCGACGUCGCCGCGUCCGUCGCCCGGGGCGCCUUCGACCUCGUGAUCCUCGACGCGGGCCUCACGCUCGAGCUCGAGCGGCGCGACCUCGUCAACUUCGUCGACCUCUUCGCGGCCGUCGUGCGCCGCGACGGCCGGGCCUGCGGCCACCUGCUGCUGGACCGCGCGCGCUACCACGAGUGCGACGACCGCGAGGCCUUCGCCGCGGACGUCGACCGCCUGAUCAAGGCCGCGACGUCCGCGUCGGACGCGGGCCUCUCCGUCGUCACGCUCGGCGAGCUCGACAUCGGCCGCCUCCUCUUCGAGGUCCUCGACGUCUGCCGGCGCCACCGCGUGCGCCUCGAGGCCAAGUUCGCGACGACGGUCGUCGCCAUCACCAUCGUCGAGGGCAUCGGCCGCAACCUCGACCCGGACCUGGACCUGCUCCGCGAGGCCGCGCCGUUCCUCCUCAGC